UCUUUUUCGUUCGUUUGUAAUUGUUUCUCGCGGAGUUUCUCGUGGAGCUCAAGCACCGCUAUGAUCUUGCCGGUGCUUGCGGGGGCAGUACUCUGUGUUCCCGUUCUUCUAUAUUCCUACAAAAAGAUACGGCCUCUAUUUUCUGUCAAGGUCAGCUGCUGGUUUUGUGGGCUGCAGACUGUUGUUCCUUACGGAAACAUCAAUUGCUGGGACUGUCCGAGCUGCGAGCAAUACAAUGGAUUCAAGGCGGAUGGUGACUACAACAAGCCUAUACCUGCACAAUUCGAUGAAGCCCUCAAUUUCACAACGUCUAGCUGCCAAUCCGAUUCCCCGCCUUCGUCCUUGAAACUGAAACCUGACAACCAGCUCUGUUCUGUGUGCAAUUACCAUCAGCUCAUCAAGGUUCGCCUGCUGGCAAACUUCACUCCAACCGAGGAGAACCAUUUUGAAACCGAGAUGGAGCAGUACCGACAGCACCUGGAAGACGUCUACGCAUUGUGCCAGUCAUGCGAGGCGCAGGUCAAAAGAACGCUGACCCUUCAGGACUCGCUGCUGCGGCCACACCUGGUUGGGCACAUCCUGCCAGGCCAUUGGAGAAUUCUGGCACGCUACUGCCUGCCGUGGAAGCAACGUCUGAGGGUCGCAUUGUCCAUCGCAGCGUCAGCCAUGAGCGUUUCUGCCUCGACAAUGUUGCUGUUGGCUUUGCUGGAGAGCAGUGCCGCGCUGACACAGUACUACACAAAGUUGGGCCUAGCUAGCGUGGUGGGGAAUGUGCCGUCUUCGCAGCUACUGCAGCCUGCUGGUUUCGUAUUGGCUGGAGGCUCGGUGCUCUUCGCAGGACGUCGGCGUCUGGGCAUUACAGCCCUUCUUCUCUGCUUCUUCUGGCUUCUAACGCUGUCCUGCAGCUACACUGCAAUGGAAAACUGGCUAGGUUACGGUAUCGUGGCAUGGUGCCAGCUUGCUCUCUCCACUUCAACGGUCAUCCUGGGUGCCUUCCACACAUUCAACCUGCUCAAAAGCUACCUGCACGGUGGAGCCGUCAGAAAACUGGUUAAUGGCAGAGGAAGCAGCCUGACAUCUAGUCCCUGCUCCUCCAGUGCAGAAAGUCUGAGCUCGUCAACGUACCUGCCCAACUGGGAGGCAUCACAGUGCAAUAGCCGGGGCCAGUUCAGCUUCAGCGAUAACCACAGCACUUGCAGCCGACAGACAAAUACGGCCGCCAGUGACCUCUCCGACCGGUUCACCGACGUGCACAUCUCACCAGAGAGCGAGAGAUCAUGGACCACUAGCACGUGGUCCAAGCCUACAAGUCUGCAAGAAAUCUCCCAAGAAGCUGCUUCGGCCAGCUGCACCAAUUUGGCCGAUGGCUUCGGCGACAACACACGCCCAUCGUCGAUAUUGUGGCCCGCUAGGUUACACUUUCAGCAGGGCUCACCAUGGAUGACCGGUGGCAUGUGGGCCAUGGGCGGAACGCGCACCUCCUCCAACACCAAUGUCUUGUGGGGAGUACGGCAGAGUUUCGGAUUGCUCACCCCACCUCCAUCUCUGGCGGGGUCUGCCAAACACAGCUCCAGUGGGUCCAUCGCAAGUGCAGCUGACCGCAAGCAGAAGAAGGCAGAGUGGUGUUUUUUCAAGCAAAGAGACGCCUUCUUUUCAUCGUCGCCCGAUGACACCCCCAUACCCGAAAUGAGGACACCAACUCCUGCCGAAACCCAGCAAGCGAAAACAUUGUUCAGCAGGAACCGUUCAUUGCCCGGUAGUCACAUAAUCAAUGACGCUUCGACGCUGCGGCACCGUGGAAGGGUCAGCAGGGAGACUGCAUCCAGCCCGGUCCUAAACACUCAAGGCAGAGCCUAUGCAAAGUCCUCUGUCAGCGAAACGUCACUGGUGACGGACAAGGUCUCCGGCUGUGAAGCCACGCCAGCAGCUUCCAACGUGCACCUAGCCAAGCGGCCUUUUUCAACGCUCACCUACUUCUGUCUGGUUCUAAGCGUGGUCCUCAACAUCUCUCUGUGUGCCUAUUUUGUUUUCUCGUCUCGUCUAGCCUCCAUAAGGCAGUGAAUUAAGGGACGACGAGCUGGCACAGCGCCCACAUUCUGAGCAUGUGCACCUGGCCAUGACAUUUCUUGAUGACUUUGCCUUGUUGCAUUUUCAUACAUAUUAUAGGCAAGGAACACGCACAUCACAAGAAGUACACAAGCGCCAACGUAGGGAAAGGGUAGCGCACGCUAAUAAUCUAGAAUUGGCGUUUGGUGGAUGCGUGGAAGAUGUAUUUUUUUGUGUGCGUGUGAAACCAACCGUGCAGCGAGUGGUAGUUUAGCUUGCUCUUUCUAGUGUACAUAUGUACCACCGUGAGCAUUGCAAGUGCUCACACUUUUUGCAUUAGUCGUUGCCGUAGACAGGCCUAAUAUCUGGCAGCUAUUCCUCGACUGCGCUGAACAUAAGACUGCCAUCCUUUUUUACUGAACCGGACGAUAUACUUCAAUCAUAGCACUUUGACAAUUGUUGCAUCGAAAAGCUUCUUGAUUAACGCUAGUCUACAGUAGUGCCCAUGGGUAAGCCGGAACAGCUUUGGAAGUUAUCAAAUUUUGUUGCUGAAACUUGCGAAAAGUGUUUCGAUGCAUAGUGACACCGCAAAGCUCUGCCUUUUCAGAGACGAACGGAGUGUCUAAUGAAUUACGUACCCACUACUUCAGAUGGUUUUACACUUCGCUACAACCCAAAUGUCUCUCUUUUUGUUUGUGGACCGCACUUAGUUCCAUCCACAUUUGUUGUUGCAUCACCUCUUUAUUAUACAUUAGACAUUGUAACAUACUUUAGACAAACCUCUACUCGAGCGCUAUUACUGUUAUUGUACUUAUGACUGUUAUUUUUUAUUUAGUAAAAAGCUCCUACGUUGUCUGUACAUUCAUAUAGUGUAAUAUAAAUAGUGUUGUGUUGUCGACUUUCCUAGGCUUUUGUUGCAGUGUCGUGCCCUGAUGAAAAUAGCGGCUAUAAGCACUUGGCUAUUGGUUGUUUUCAGCGUACUAAUGAACUUAAUUUCACAUCAAUGAGCCAAAUAUAUGACUAGUGCACAUCUACUUUACAUAGAAGUGCGAGUAGAACAAAGGCAUGAGCACUACGUAGUUUGGUACUUGCCAGUAACCUGCAUUUCGCAUUUUUGCUGCCAUUCUGACAUUGGGUCCAGUUUUAAGGGACCUAGCAGCUUAAACUGCCGCAGUGUUAUUAAUGUUAACAUUGGGUUUUUUUUCUUUUCGUUUAUUCACGAGACCUCAUCUGUUGUGUUUGUUUCUCACAGCAGUUUUCGUGAAGUAUACAUCCAACUGCCUACAACACGAGGGGCUGGUAAAUCAUGCUUGUUUUCAGUGUAUUAAUGAACUUAAUUUCACAUAAAUUAGCCAAAUAUAUGGCUAAUGCUCAUCUGCUUUACGCCGAAGCGCGAGCAUGAGCACUUCGUAGAUUGGUACUUGCCAGUAACCUGCAUUUCGCAUUUUCGCUGCCAUUCUGACAUUGGGUCCAGUUUUAAGGGACCUAGCAGCUUAAACUGCCGCAGUGUUAUAAUGUUAACAUGUUUUGUUUUUUUUAUUCACGAGACCUCAUCUCUUGUGUUUGUUUCUCACAGCAGUUUUCGUGAAGUAUACAUCACACUGCCUACAACACGAGAGGCUGGUAAAUCAUGCUUGUUUAUAUGUACACACUUCAAGUUAUACAAGGCAUAGUGUAAACCAGAUGCUGAAACUGUCACCAACAGUUCCUUUUGUCUCGUACAUCGUUAUCUUAUUUUUAUGUUACAAAAACUGCCUAUGCAUUCUUCCUUCUUAUUUUAAAUCUCUUUUCGUAUCUGCGUCCUUCGUAAGGCGUAUUUGUAGCUCAAGCUAAAUGGUUUUGUGCGUAGCGUGGAAUUUGGAGUUUUCGCGCGGUUCCGGGAACUUCUUUCUGGCUUGCUCUAUGAUGUCUCUGUGGCUGUAAAAGCUGCUCACUGUAAAUGUUGUUUUGUUUCGCUUUGGUAUCAGACAACUCGGCGGUCUGCGUGUUAUACUGUGUAACAACCAAAGCAAUGCUUGGAAUACUAUUUCAUGUUGUGUAGGAGAAAGAGUGGACAGUGUCAGGUUACAGGAAUUAGGGUUAAGGUGUUCCAGCGUGAAAAGAAAGAAAAAAAAGUCUUGUUUGGCCAAGUGAGCUAAACUUGUGGUAUUGCCUAUUUAAAUAGUACGAGUAAGGUGAAUCUUGGGUUGUGGCUUGGCACAGGGUGCUGUGUAUUUUUGUGUAUAAAUGAAAGCUCAUUUGUCUACAUAUGGUUAACCUUGCCCCACUAAGGUCACGCUUUUCUUGGAACGGUUCUGAUGGAAAGGAAACUAGUCUGCUGUGCAGCAUCGUGGUUUAUUGGCAAGUUUUUUACGGGCAUCACCAUUAUUACAUUCUGUUGCAUGGAAAUAUUAUAUAAUUACAAGCACGUAUUGUAAAAAAAAAAACCUUAUGCGAAGCUGCUGUUUUUAGCGAAACAAUUUGUUAAAGCGAAAAUUGAAGAAAACUGCUAUGUGUGUGAAUCUUUUCUUCUUUUUUUUAAUUGUCUUCAAUAAAUGUGUCUGUCGUCAGACGUAUGUUGCA